CGCCAAAGGACUGUUUGGAAAGCCGGGCAGCAGGACGCCCUGCUGGCAGCUUUCGCGGAGAACCCUUACCCAAGUUUCAGGGCCAGGCAGGACCUGGCCAGGGAACUGGGGCUGCCUGAGUCCCGCAUCCGCGUGUGGUUCCAGAACCGCCGAAAUCGCACCAGGGAGGGGCGGGGCCUCCAAGGCCCCGAGGGGUCGGCGGGACCAAGCGGGCUAGCGUCCCCUCAGCAACGACCCAAAGGGCCUGGUGCCAGGGCACGAGGUGGAAGAAGCAGACCCGCAGAGCGACGCACCAGGCGUCGCACUCGACUCAGCCCGGCACAGUUGAGGAUCCUGCUCCAGGCAUAUGAGGACGAAGCAAGCCCGAAAUAUGGUGCCAUGGUGAAGCUCGCCCAAGAGACCGGUUUGCCUGAGGACACCAUCUCCAUCUGGUUCCAAAACCGGAGACGCCAAAGGACUGUUUGGAAAGCCGGGCAGCAGGACGCCCUGCUGGCAGCUUUCGCGGAGAACCCUUACCCAAGUUUCAGGGCCAGGCAGGACCUGGCCAGGGAACUGGGGCUGCCUGAGUCCCGCAUCCGCGUGUGGUUCCAGAACCGCCGAAAUCGCACCAGGGAGGGGCGGGGCCUCCAAGGCCCCGAGGGGUCGGCGGGACCAAGCGGGCUAGCGUCCCCUCAGCAACGACCCAAAGGGCCUGGUGCCAGGGCACGAGGUGGAAGAAGCAGACCCGCAGAGCGACGCACCAGGCGUCGCACUCGACUCAGCCCGGCACAGUUGAGGAUCCUGCUCCAGGCAUAUGAGGACGAAGCAAGCCCGAAAUAUGGUGCCAUGGUGAAGCUCGCCCAAGAGACCGGUUUGCCUGAGGACACCAUCUCCAUCUGGUUCCAAAACCGGAGACGCCAAAGGACUGUUUGGAAAGCCGGGCAGCAGGACGCCCUGCUGGCAGCUUUCGCGGAGAACCCUUACCCAAGUUUCAGGGCCAGGCAGGACCUGGCCAGGGAACUGGGGCUGCCUGAGUCCCGCAUCCGCGUGUGGUUCCAGAACCGCCGAAAUCGCACCAGGGAGGGGCGGGGCCUCCAAGGCCCCGAGGGGUCGGCGGGACCAAGCGGGCUAGCGUCCCCUCAGCAACGACCCAAAGGGCCUGGUGCCAGGGCACGAGGUGGAAGAAGCAGACCCGCAGAGCGACGCACCAGGCGUCGCACUCGACUCAGCCCGGCACAGUUGAGGAUCCUGCUCCAGGCAUAUGAGGACGAAGCAAGCCCGAAAUAUGGUGCCAUGGUGAAGCUCGCCCAAGAGACCGGUUUGCCUGAGGACACCAUCUCCAUCUGGUUCCAAAACCGGAGAUUCCAGACAUCAGAGAUGUGCUAA